GACACAAGUUCCAUGUCAUCUGGAAUUGUAUCACUAUCAAAAAAUCAAUUUUGUUAUUAAUUGCGACUGUUUGCAAAUUAAAGUAUUAAUUAAACAAGUUUUGCUAGAAUGUCAGGUCCAUCUGCAAGCAGAGUUUUGGCCUGGAGUCCAGACAAAACUCACAGCGAAUUCGAAAGAUGGGUAUGCAUUUAUCCAGCUUACAUAAACAAUAAGAAAACGUUGGCUCAGGGCCGUAAGAUUCCGAAGAAUAUUUGUGUAGAAAACCCUACUCACCAGGAGAUUCGUGAUGUUCUUGUCGCUGCAGGUCUGAAAGUAGGAGUUGAGAACAAAUUGUACAGCCGGGAGAGGAGCAAGGAGCUGCUCUACAGAGGAAGAAUUCGCGUGCAAUUGAAGAAUGAUGAUGGCACUUUGUACAGUGAUAAAUUUCCAACCAGGGAAAGUCUGAUGGUACAUUUAGGUGAAAUGAUCCCUAAAUUGAAGACUAGGCAAGCUAAACCAGUGGCUGACCAACAGCAGCAGACCCAUGGAAAGGGCAAGAAAGGUGGAAAGAGUAGAAGAUGAUGAUAACUGUAUUUUUUUGUUUACUUUAAGAAUACUUUUGUUUAAUUAAAAUAAGAAGAAUUUUAUUUGGUUAA